AAAGGGAGCAGAGGCUUUCAGGUUUGUUAACGUUUUCUGGCCCCAUCCAACACGCUCUUCCUUUUUCUCUUCUUCUUCUUCCUCUUAAUUUCGCUUACACGCACACAAAUGUAUUGAUGCCACCACUCUCACCCAUCACCACACACAUUCCCAUCAUCCAAACCUUCUUCCUCUGAAUGGGUUGCUUUUUCGGUUGUUUUGGUUCCUCCAAACACAGAAACCACAAGCACAAGGUUCAAGUAUGUCAGCCAAACAGAGCUAAUGGUAGUAGCAAUAGCAAGCAAGAGCAACAUAGUGUCUCUUUGGUUCAGGAUUGCUCCACAAAUGCUAUUAACCCUAUACCACAACUCCAGGAUAAAAGUGAGGAGCAACUAAGUGUCAGCAGCAGAAAGAAAGUGACAUUUGAUUCCAAUGUGAAGACCUAUGAGCCUCUUUUGGCUGAUGAAGUUGUGGAGAGGAAAAAUGAGGAAGGUGGGAAGGAGGAAGCUUUGGCCCAAUCAAAGUCAUCUUCCUCUGAAGCUAGUUCUGUGACUUCAACGGGGUCUUACCCUCCCAAUCAUAGGUACCAGAAUUGCCGCAACAGUGAUGACGAAGAGGAAGAGAUUGAUUAUGGGGACAGUGAUCUUAGUGAUGGAGAUGACGAUGAAGAAUGCAAUGAAGUGAGUGAGGACUUUGGAGAAGAUGACAUAGUGGCAAGUACUGCUGCUGAUGAUCAUGUGUUUGUUGAAGAGGUUGAUGUGAAGUCCAUUGGGUCCAACCCUAAUGUCAGAGACAGAAGUGCUUAUGUUCAUCCUGUGCUGAAUCCAGUGGAGAAUCUCACUCAGUGGAAAGUUCUUAAGGCUAAGAGAACACCAAUAAGGCCUCAGAAAGAGAAUGAUUUUGGGGUUGGUGUAAAAGGAUCACCUUUCAGCUUGAAUUCCAAAAGCGACUUGCCAAAGAAGUUGAACCGGGAGAUACGAGUUGAUGCCAGCCUGUCAAAUUGGUUGGUCUCACCAGAAACUACACCUGUUAGCAAGGCUGGCUCAGUGGCUUCCUUUGCUGGUAGUACCCCUGAUAGGAUCACCUCACAAGGUUCAUUUUCUGUGAUAAGUCAUGAAGAUAGGCCAAUUUUAGGGGCAUUGACAUUGGAAGAGAUCAAACAAUUUUCGGCUACUUCGUCUUCACGGAAGUCACCAAGUAGGAGUCCAGAUGAGAUGCCUAUUAUUGGCACUGUUGGAACCUACUGGAAUGUUGCAGGCUCUGCUGAGGACCCUGGCUCAGUCUCUUCCUUUAAAGGAAUUCCGAACUCAACAAGCAAGUACAGAGAGGAUAAGAGCGUGAAUUGGCGCUCAACCCCUUUUGAGACAAGAUUAGAGAAAGCUUUGAAUAGAGGUGCUGCUUCUGCUUAUGUUCCUCGUGUAUUUUAGAAGUUUUCAAUAGUGCGUGGAUUCGAGGAGAGUGUGAAUUGUGCAGGGAAAGUAUUUUUUUUAUUCUUUUAUAAACACGAUAGAGUGUAGAAUGUGACUUUUACUUUUCUACUGCAAUUUGUACUUGGCUUUGAAGUUAUAAUAUAAAAGUUCAAGUACAGCUUAUAACAUCUAAAAUAAUAUUUAGAUGAAA